AUGGGAGACUCAAAAGUUGAACGUAACAUCAUGACUUUAAAUGCUAAGAAGCACCUAUUUGUGUUGAUCCAUGGGUUAUGGGGUAACCAUACGAAUAUGAUCUCAAUUAAAAAUACUCUAGAAAUGGCUUUCUCCACAAGUACUGAUUAUAAAGACGAAAAUGUAUAUUUUAUACCACAGGGAAUGGGCUAUUUUAAGACACUUCAUGGGAUUGAAGUUGUUGGAUACCAUUUAAUUAUUGAAUUACUAGAUUUUAUGACGUUGUAUGGUAUAGAAAAGUUCGAUCGCAUCAGCUUCAUUGGUUACUCUAUGGGUGGUUUAGUCUCACGGUUUAUGAUAGGUGUAAUGUUCUCAGAAUGCAGGGAAAUAUUUAGGCAUUUAAAGCCCACGAUUUAUAUGACGUUUGCAACACCUCAUCUGGGGGUACAGUACUAUUUUCCAAAGGAUAGAACACAUCCUGCAAAGAAGGCUGCACUGUCAUUCAUGGACAUUAUCGGGCCACAUUUAUCUGGGCAAAGUGGUAGGCAACUGUUUCUUAAAAAUGAAGACGAUGAUACUUUAGUGCGGUUGACAGAAGCACACUUCCUUGAAACUUUGGGUCAGUUUAAGUAUCGUAUUUGCAUUGCGAAUGUAAGGAAUGAUUUCACUGUCGCCUUUUACACAUCAUAUAUUACCAAUUAUGAUCCAUUCAUUGAGACUGAUAAUAAAAUCAAGUAUACAUUUGAGAAAGCUUUGCCAACAGAUGGUAUCCUAGAACGCUCUCCCCUAAUAGUUGAUAUGAAGAUGUUGGAUCCCAAACAGGAAAAACCAAAGGUGAAGCGCCCUUGGUAUGCAGCUCUAACAAGGAUGACAAUUAUGGUGUUAAUCUUUUUAAUAAUUUUCCCAGUAUUUUUCGUAAGCAUCGCUGGUUCUAUAUACAGUUAUACAGUUACAACAUUGCUGCAUAACAAUAUUACGAGAGGUGAAAUUCUACCUACUAUCAGAUCUAAGCUUUCUAAGAGAAAUACCAUCUCAGAUGUCGAGGAAAACAAAGUUGAUGAAAAAAUAAUCCUAAAUACACAAUCUACACCGUCUACUGCAAGUGAUAAGGAUCACACAACAUGGGAACAAUUCAUAAGAAAAUAUUCAACAGAUCAGAUUCCAUUGGAGCAUUUCCCGAAGUUGCCAUUUGACUCGAAGAGGACUACAAUGGUUCAGAACCUUAACAAACUCAGCUGGAUUAGGAUACCAAUAUAUAUCAAAGCACCUAAUGCACAUGAAGGUAUCAUUGCAAGGAAUGGCUUGACUCGAUCUCAUUUCACAAGUUCUGCAGGUCUUCAAUUCGCAGCGCAACUUGUUCACUACCUUGUGUACAGAUCCGACGAAAAAUAA